CAAAAACUUUAUUAAAAAAAAAAAAGAAGAGAGUGUGAACCCACAACAAAAAGACACGUAUUUUGUUUUCUUCACUUGCAAUUCCCAACUAGCGGCGCCGCUCUCUUUUCUUGCUUUCAAAGCUCAUCUUCCUUCUUCCCUAUCCUCUCAUUUCUCUUUUUUUCUUUUUAUAGAAAACAAAACCAUUUCUUUUAAUAAUAUUAAAAACAAAUAAGCAAAUACUUUUCCAUUUUAUACUUUAUACACCAUACCAUUUCCCAAAGGGAUUUACGAAAAGUCCCUCUCCUCUAUCAUCUCUUUAUUCACCCCAUACCAACAACCUCUACAUCUUCUUCUUCUUCUUCCUCCUCUUUUAUUUUCUUUUUAAAUCAUUUACACAAAAAUCCAAAGACAAAUCUGAAAUCUCUAAUAAACAAAUCCAUAAAAUAAGAAAAACAAAGAUGAAAGGUGAAUACAGAGAGCAAAAGAGUAACGAAAUGUUUUCCAAGCUUCCUCAUCAUCAACAACAACAGCAACAACAACAACAACAACACUCUCUUACCUCUCACUUCCACCUCUCCUCCACCGUAACCCCCACCGUCGAUGACUCCUCCAUCGAAGUGGUCCGACGUCCACGUGGCAGACCACCAGGUUCCAAAAACAAACCUAAACCACCCGUCUUCGUCACACGUGACACCGACCCUCCUAUGAGUCCUUACAUCCUCGAAGUUCCUUCAGGAAACGACGUCGUCGAAGCCAUCAACCGUUUCUGCCGCCGUAAAUCCAUCGGAGUCUGCGUCCUUAGUGGCUCUGGCUCUGUAGCUAACGUCACUUUACGUCAGCCAUCACCGGCAGCUCUUGGCUCUACCAUAACUUUCCAUGGAAAGUUUGAUCUCCUCUCCGUCUCCGCAACGUUUCUCCCUCCUCCGCCUCGUACUUCCUUGUCUCCUCCCGUUUCUAACUUCUUCACCGUCUCUCUCGCUGGACCUCAAGGACAAAUCAUCGGAGGGUUCGUCGCUGGUCCACUUAUUUCGGCAGGAACAGUUUACGUCAUCGCCGCAAGUUUCAACAACCCUUCUUAUCACCGGUUACCGGCGGAAGAAGAGCAAAAACACUCGGCGGGGACAGGGGAAAGAGAGGGACAAUCUCCGCCGGUCUCUGGUGGCGGUGAAGAGUCAGGACAGAUGGCGGGAAGUGGAGGAGAGUCGUGUGGGGUAUCAAUGUACAGUUGCCACAUGGGUGGCUCUGAUGUUAUUUGGGCCCCUACAGCCAGAGCUCCACCGCCAUACUAACCAAUCCUUCUUUCACAAAUCUCUUUCUUUCUUUUUUUGUUUUUUUUUGUUUUGUGUUAGGAUGAAUCAAGAAACUAGGGUUUUUUUUUUUUGCUUUUGAUCAUGAAGAAUCGUUUGCUUUUUUAUCUACUUAGAUUUUAUUUUUGUAUCAGAAUUGACAUAUCUUUCCACGGUGUAAUCUCUCUCAAACCUUGGGUUUAUGGUUUUCUUUAGCUUGUUGCGGAAUUAAUUUGAUUUGACUCAUAUAAAUAUGCUUCCAAGUGUCUUCAAUCAUAUUCUGGAGAAAUUUAAAUAUUUAUCUCUAAUGAUUGUUUUCAUUUUAAUACUCUUAUUGUACAAUUAUGCUUCUUUAUUGGAUCUUCAAAGUGUGG